AUGGCGGGGAUUCAGGAAGGACCGGAAUAUGGAAUCGGGGACUUUGUCCUCUUAGAAUCCCUUACAAUGUCGGAUUUUAUGCAUAAUCUUAAGUUAAGAUUUGAGAAAGGCAAACUGUACACAUAUAUUGGUGAAGUGGUGGUAUCCGUGAACCCGUACCGUCCAGUGAACAUAUAUGGCAAAGAUAUUGUACAGGCGUAUCAAGGGCGAGAAAUAUAUGAAAAUCCACCCCACAUCUUUGCUCUGGCAGAUGCUGCAUAUAAAUCCAUGAAACGUCGUUCUAGAGACACUUGUAUUGUUAUAUCAGGAGAGAGUGGAUCAGGAAAGACGGAGGCCUCCAAGAUUGUAAUGAGAUACAUAGCGGCAGUUACAAACAUCAGUGGACAGAAGGAGAUAGAAAGGGUGAAGAAUGUCCUCAUCCAGUCUAACUGUAUCCUGGAGGCUUUUGGGAAUGCUAAAACCAACCGUAAUGACAACAGUAGCCGCUUUGGAAAGUAUAUGGACAUCAACUUUGACUUCAAGGGAGACCCCAUAGGAGGACACAUUAACAACUAUCUCCUGGAGAAGUCCAGGGUCGUCAUGCAGCAAAAAGGGGAGAGGAAUUUCCAUUCAUUUUAUCAACUUCUGUAUGGAUCUCCAGAUAGCAAACUUGUAGAGCUGUCCAUCACUCGAGAUGUUAAAAGAUAUCACUACAUCAACCAAGGAGGCGAGCCCAAGGUUGGAUCCAUCGAUGACAAACAUGAUUACAGAGCUGUCAUGGAUGCAAUGAAAGCUAUAGGAUUUGCCUUCAAACAUGCAGAAACACUCUGGAAAAUAGUGGCAGCUAUCUUACAUUUGGGUAAUGUUGAAUUCGAAGAGAAAGGGAUUGAUGACCACGAUGCCAAAGUGAAACAGCAGUUCGAGUUGAAGACAAUCGCAGGGCUGUUGAGUCUGGAUGAGUUUGAACUGGAGAGGGCACUGUGUCAUAGGACAGUGGCAGCAGCAGGGGAAGUCAUGGAUAAACAGCUCACUGUGCCUCAGGCAGAGUAUGCAAAGGAUGCAUUCGCAAAGGCAAUCUAUGAAAGAAUGUUUACUUGGAUUGUCAGCAGGAUCAACCAGGCCAUUGAAAUAAAAAGUGAUGUCAUCAAACAUGGAAGGAAUACUGUCAUUGGCGUUCUUGACAUCUAUGGCUUUGAAAUAUUUGAUAACAACAGUUUUGAGCAGUUCUGCAUCAACUACUGCAAUGAGAAGCUCCAGCAACUGUUUAUAGAGCUGGUCCUUAAACAAGAGCAGGAGGAAUAUAUGAAAGAAGGCAUAGAGUGGGAACAUGUUGAGUACUUCAACAACAAAGUAAUCUGUGAUCUUGUAGAGGAGCCCCACAGAGGCAUCAUAGCAACGCUUGAUGAGGCUUGCCUUAAUGUUGGCAAAGUCACAGAUAAAAUGUUUCUUGAGGCAAUGAACCAGAAAUACGGUGACCACAAACACUACACAAGCAGAAAACUAAAGACUGGGGACAAAUCUCUUGAAUAUGACAUCAACUUUAAAAUUAAACAUUACGCAGGAGAUGUCAAAUACAGUGUUGUGAACUUUAUAGACAAAAAUAAGGACACUUUAUUCCAAGAUUUUAAAAGGCUGUUGUAUAACAGUGACAAUGAACUCCUGAAAAUCAUGUGGCCAGAGGGUGCUCAAGCUGUUACAAAGGUGACAAAGAGGCCAUUAACAGCAGGCACCAACUUCAGGAAUUCCAUUAUAGCAUUAGUAGAAAUUCUUGCCUCAAAGGAACCGUACUAUGUGCGAUGUGUGAAACCCAAUGAAGAGAAGUCCCCAGUGUUGUUUGAUGAUGAGAGAGUACAGCACCAGGUUAUGUACCUUGGUCUUUUAGAGAACGUCAGAGUCAGGCGAGCGGGCUUUGCAUACAGAAUGGAAUACAAACGUUUCCUACAAAGAUACAAGAUGAUAUCUCAGUUCACAUGGCCAAACUUUAGAGGUGGACCAGACAGAGAUGGCGUUCGAGUCAUCAUCGAUGAGCAAGGCUUCCGCAAUGAUGUGCAAUAUGGACGCACAAAAGUAUUCAUACGUUCUCCCAAGACAAUAUUUGAACUUGAGGGAGCUAGGGCAAGACUUAUUCCAGGCUUGGUGAUCUUUUUGCAGAAGUUGUGGCGUGGUGGACUGGCAAGGUUACGCGCCAAACGUAUGAGAGCCAUUUACAAAAUAAUGGACGCAUAUAAGAGAUAUAAACUGAAGUCCUACAUUAGGCUGCUAGCAAAUACAUUCAGACAAUCAGGCCAGAUGAGGGACUGGGGACGUUCUAUUCCAUGGCCAGAGCCACCAAAGGUGCUUGCAGAAUAUGUAGCUCUCUUACAUAAGGUGCAGAGAAGGUGGAUAUAUAACAUGAUAUUGAAGAAUGUGCCAGUGGAUGAGAGGCCGGGCCUGAGACUGAAGAUCUGUGCCACUGAAGCUCUGAAGGGAAGAAGGAGAGAGUGGGGCAUCAAGCGCAAGUGGCAGGGCAACUACUUGGCAGAUCCAAAGGACAACCAGAACACUGCUGAUUAUGUUAGUACAAUAUCUCGCCUUAAAAACAAUGACAACUUCCAGAAGGUGCUAUUCUCUUCAACUGCCAAAAAGGUGAACAGAUUCAAUAAAUGUGAAGACAGGGCAUUCGCUUUCACUGAAAAAUUUAUUUACAAACUAGAUCCAAAGAAGCACUUUAGACCAAUGAGAGCAGGGAUUCCCUGCACUGAUAUCACAGGGGUGAGUGUGACAGAGGGCCCUGAUCAACUAGUGAUUGUUCACCUACAAGGAGGCAACGAUCUUGUCAUAUGUUUACACACUUCUACGCAAGAGGAGAGAGUAGGCGAACUGAUAGGAAUCCUUUGUAGACUCUGGCAAAAGAUACAAAAGCGAGAUUUACGAGUCGUUGUUGGGAGCAACUUGCAGUGCAUGCUGGGAGAUAAAUCACGCACAAUAAACGUUGAAAUUGGCAAUGGUGCUGCUCCACUAUUCAAGAAGAAUGGCAAUGGUUUCAUAUUAACUGCUCCUUCAGUAUCAACUUAGCCAGCCCCUGUAUAAUAUAGCACCGGUGUGAGACACAGCCAGACUAUUGGAUCUUAUGUCUCCUAAAGGAGAAAGGGGAUAUAUUGUGGGAGACACUUUUGAAUUUAUGCAUAAACCAUGACAACAGUAUUUGUUCAGAUACAUAUACUAUAAAGAGAUCCAGUAUGAGGUGAUAGAUUUAUCUUGAUUUGUGCAUUAAUAAGAAAUUGUGAGGUAAUACAUACAUCUUGAGUUGUGUAUUAACUGUGAGGUAGACCAUACAUCAUGAGUUAAGCAUUGAUUGCGAGGUAGAACAUA